UGAGUCAGUAGCGUAGUUCAGAGAAUGUUGUUAGGUCUAUAUUUUUGAAAUGCGUUAAGAAUACAUUUGCUAUUAAAUAUCCCAAACGAGCUUCAGAGGACUGUGUAGAGACUGUGCUGCUGGAUGGUUGGCUGAGCGGUGGAGGAACAUUUAAAUCCAAGUAUCUCCUUUGACCUUUACCCUCACAUCUUAGGUUGUCUCUGAUCUGGUGGGAUGUCAGAGGGCGGCGUGGGUGCCUGCCCCCAGGUGUUUGUGGUGGACAGUCAGGCCAGCUACAUUAAAAUGCCCCCUGAAAGGAAACCAAGGUGGGGGAGUCAGCUCCAAAAGUUUCUUCUCUUGCUGGUGGGACUGGCCAUGUUGGGAAUAAUCGUCGAGGGAUUUUUAAUCUACAAACUUUACCAAAGGACAGAGGAAUUUUCCCUUUUUAACCUUGGCCUUAAGAACCAGUCAAACCCCAAGCCAGAAAGUCUGGUGGGACAACUGAGAGAUGAGAAGAUUAGCGGAGAUGAGAGGAGACCCUUUGCUCACCUGCUGGGCUCCAAUAGUCCUGGAGGGGAGAACGAUGUAGUGCAAUGGGCAAAAGAGGGUGAGGCAGUCACCCAAGACAUGAAGUAUGAAAAAGGCCGGCUGACAGUAGAAAAGGAGGGUUACUACUAUAUCUACUCCAAAGUGAUUAUGAAUGCAGUAGAAGAGUGUUCACUUAGCCAGCACAAAGUCAUGAAGGAGACCAAAGCCUAUGAUAAGCCUAUAGAACUUAUGCAAUCAAAAAGUAUUCAUUGCUCAACCUCAAAACCUCAUUCGAAGCUUCCAGAAACUUCAGAAGAUUUGUGGAACAGUUACCUGGCUGGGAUUUUCCCGCUGCAAGUUGGAGAUGAAAUUUAUGUGACACUGAGGAAUAUAACGAAGAUUCAUGGAGGGUCUACUCUUAACUUUAUGGGGGCCUUUAUGGUAUCUCCCUAGAGACAUGUGUGUGCCAGUUUAUCUUACUCUAUUUACUCAAUGUUAAUUUUACACCAUCUGUUUGGAUAAUUUCUAUGUAUAAUAUAUGCACAAAAUAGAUAAUAU